CGAUGUAGCAAGUUAUACAGAUCAGUUUGUUAGUUUUGUUUCCUCUUCCUCAUGGAUUUUUCCUACACAACACUUCAAAAUACCUUCAUGGCUCCCAUAUUGCUGCUCCUUGUUCUGUUUAUGCCGGCUCUACAGAUAACAGGUGGACAAUCUGCGGGUGUCUGCUAUGGACGGAACGGCGACAAUUUACCUUCUGAUACAGAGGUUAUUGAUUUGUACAAAAGCAAUGGAAUUGGAAGGAUGAGGAUUUAUGAGCCAAACCAAGCAACCUUGGAAGCCCUUAGAGGUUCCAACAUAGAACUCAUGGUCACCAUCCUCAACAACAACCUGCAAGCGCUUACUGAUGCUGCAGCAGCUACAGAUUGGGUCCAGAAAAAUGUGCAACCCUACUCGGCUGACGUCAAGUUCAAGUACAUUGCCGUUGGAAAUGAAGUACACCCUGAUGCUGCAGAAGCUCAAUAUCUUCUGCCUGCCAUACAAAAUAUUCAGAAUGCAGUAACAGCCGCUAAUCUACAAGGCCAAAUCAAAGUGUCAACAGCAAUAGAUACAACCCUUUUGGACCCUAGCUUCCCUCCUUCAGACGGGGCAUUCAGCAGUGCUGCGAAUUCAUUCAUUACCCCAAUAAUCACCUUUUUGGGCAACAAUGGAGCACCACUUCUUGUCAAUAUAUACCCCUACUUCGCCUAUAUUGGUGACCCUGCUAACAUAAAACUAGAAUAUGCCUUGUUCACUUCACCAGGGGUAGUAGUACAGGAUGGUAGUAAUGGGUACCAGAACAUCUUUGAUGCUAUCUUGGACACUCAUUACUCUGCUCUUGAAAAAGCAGGGGCUCCCAAUAUGGUGAUAGUUGUAUCCGAGAGCGGUUGGCCAUCUGAAGGUAGUGAUGCUGCAACUAAUGGUAAUGCAGGAACUUACUACAGCAAUUUGAUCAAUCAUGUGAAGACCGGGACUCCGAAGAGACCAAAUGGAGCUAUCGAAACUUACCUGUUUGCCAUGUUUGAUGAAAACUUGAAGGAUGGUGCAGAAGUUGAGAAACAUUUUGGUAUCUUCUCCCCUAACAAACAGCCCAAGUACCAACUCACCUUUGGCUAGUGCUGCCUCACAAACAUGUUUUAGUUAAAUAAGAGUGCCUUGCGCCCAUGUAUUCUUGUGAAACGAAUACAAUACAAUAAGGAUAGAUAACCUCACACAACUGAGCAAGAAAAUCCCAGGCUUCUAUAACCAUUCCAGCUUCACACAACUGCAUGAAUGAUUAUAGUAUACGAAAUCACGUCCAUUAUUUUACUUUGCAUCUUUUACUGUAUGUCAACUUUAUGAGAAGGUAUACGAAAUCACGUCCAUACUUAAUACACCACCUAUUAGCUUUGUUGUUUUAACAUUUUACUACAAGCACAUCCCCAGACUUCAUAAACUACCCUCAUUGACAAUACACAAUUUAUUCACGAAAUACUCAACUCUUUUCUAAAUCUGCUAGUUAAGCCCGGGGGUUUACAAAAGUAAUUAUUGAAUCAUUUAUCAAGAAUACAGUAACACAGUUUAUGACAAGAUGCAUGAACUGUCAAAACAUUUCAAGAGAUUGUUGUUUUAUAUCAAAAGGACUAGCUAGUUGUGUUCAAACUUGAAUGUUUCUAGACGACCUAGCGUGAAAAGUGAUUUGCCCCUCAUUUCAACAUUUACAAUUUAUAUAUUGUAUAGAAAAAUCUAAUGAGAUAUCUAUGACAUUCAAUUAUAAACAAUUUUUUCUUAAUCUAGAGUAGACUUAUAUACAUCGAUAUGCAAUGAAAGAACUUGUAGGCAGUAUUCUUGGUCUAAGGUAAGAGAUCCCUAAGUUCUCAUGCAAUCGAGUUACAGUACCAAAUGCAAGUGUGAGCACUGAAGACCAAACAUUAGGGUUUCGCAUCUUCACUUAAGUUGUUCUUAUAGAGGAGGAAAAAAAAUCUUAAGCGGGAUGUAAUAUUUCAACUUAGAUUUCUGUAUUUUUGAUAUAAAUAUCUUUUUUGGUAAUUUUACGUACGCACAAAGUCUUAUAUAAUUUAUAUAUAAAAAAGAGAUGUAUAUCUAGUAGUUAGAGGUGUGUGAAUAAAAUUUAUCUUGAGAUCUCAGAGGCUCUAUAUCCUUUCAAAAAAGAAAAUUUAACUUAACUAAAACGGUACUGUAUUACUACAUAAUCUAUAUGAUCAUUAUAAUAAGAAAUAAAGUAA